UAUAUUAUAGGCAAACCCUUGUGUUUGUAGUCCAACCAAGUUUUCCUUCCACGGACCGUUGUUCCAUCCUACCAACUGGCCAGAUCUUCCAGAAAUUUCCAUUUUGAGCCUCCUCCAUAUAAACAGGAUGACCCUUCUCGACUACCCUGUUCCAGAGUUGGAUGCUACCUUGCAAGAGGUGAGCCGUGUCCUGCAGCUUACUUUAGGUCCAGACCUUUACCCAGAGUUCAAAAGUACGUUGGAACAGCAGAGGGAGAUCCUUCAAGAGGCCCAGCAAAAAUUGGCAGCCAUUGCUUCAGGCCAAGAAAACUGGGUGACGAAGCAGUUUAAAAGAGGUCUUUUGUCUUGUGAUGACCCUCUGCCCACCUCCACUGCCCUCCCUGUUGUUCUUCUUCCUUCCAAAGCAAAGAGAAGUACCCAACUGGGGAGGGCAGCCGCUCUGCUCUGGGCAGCAGCAAAGCUGUACAGUGAGCCCAUGUUACUGGAAGGCAAUGCACCAAUGGAGCGCACACAGCAGUCUGAGGUAUUCGCUGCCAGUCGCAUUCCUGGCAGGAGUCAAGAUGAGAUUAAGGUAUACCCAGAUAGCCUGCAUGCCAUCAUCACCUGUGUUGGAGGAGUGUUCCCUAUUGACAUACUGUGGCGUCCCAGCACUGGUAGGCCAGUUUCUGCUCGACCGUUCAUUGACAUCUACAACCAACUGGCUCAGGUGAUGGAUCAACCCAGUGCAGGAAAUCAGAAUGAUCCCUCUGCAAUUUGCAGUCUCUCAGCUCUGGGGCGCAAAGUCUGGGCUGCCACCAGGGAAGAGAUCCUGGGGCAAGGAGGGGACGCAGCGGCAUCACUGGGGCUGAUGGAGAGUGCCGUGCUGACACUCUGUUUGGAAGACUGCAACGCACCCUCUGAACUGGCUGAUAUCCUCAAUGCAGUGAGACUGGGAGGAGGAAGAGACAGUCCAUUCCUGAGAUACUAUGACAAGGUGUUGAACCUGGUGGUGUUUAAGGACAGCACAGCUGGGAUGGUGUUUGAGCACAGCGCUGUGGAUGGGAUGGUGGCUGGGCUUAUGACUGAGCAUGUAUACAAUCUGUCUGAGACUGCUGAUUUAGACCUAAUCCAUACUGACACAGUAAAUGUGAAUGGGUCUGUCACAGUAAAUAAUGUUAAUUGUGUUUGUCCAACUUCCCUUACAUUCCCCUUGCAAGGAGUAAUUACCCCCAAACUAAGCCGUGACUUGAAAGCAACACACCCAGUUCUCACUUUUGAUGUGUCUUCCUAUCCUGAUGUCUUUUCUGCUCUCAGAGGGCAGAGAGGCCUGUACGAUGCUUGGAUCAACUUCUCUUUGCAGCUUUCCCUGAGGCAGACUCUUGGGGAAUCUGCUUCCAAUCACAUGCUUGUUACACCUACCCAUAUGCGCCACUACAAACAUGGCCGUUGUGAUCCUACUUACUCACUCACUAUGCAUUCUCAAAAGUUAGUAGGUGCCUUGACAUCCUGCAUUGGCCCAGAUAACACAAUGCGAUACACUACUGACCUCCUACGCGUGUUCCAUGUGGCAUUUCUGGAGCAUAAGAGCCUAAUCAGAAACACCAAAAGUGGUCGAGGAGUUGGUCCCCACCUAGCUGCCCUGCGCCGAUUAUUGCCAUUUGACAACCCAUUGAAGAAGUACCUGGACCCCUUUGGAUGUCCAUCUGUGUACCUCACAGGUACAGAUCUGAUGGAGGGUGUAGAGUGUGGAGUAGGGAAUGUUUAUGCACAAGAUCAGCUGGCUGUAACCUACCUUGGAAAGAGAGACACGGUCCGCAUUGUGCUUAAUGGGAAGGGGAGCUUUACUCUGGCACUGGAAAAGCUUCAAGAACGUCUGAAGAUAAAUCUGAAGUUAGUGAUGCUUCUAGCUGUAAGGUAUGCUAUUGCACACCAAAUGGGAGCCCUGGAGCAUCUACUGAAUCAGGGUCAAACAGAGAAAAUCAAUGGAGAGACAAACCACUGUUCAGCAAUCCCAAACAACGGCAAAACUACUGUGGACUCCACCUCUGGCAUGAGCACAGACUACACUGUGGUGAUCCAUGGUGGCGCUGGAGAGGAGAUAAUGCUGAACACCGAAGUGAUUGGGGUUAUUGAGUUUGCUCUACAGACAGCCUUAACCCUUGGAUCCCAAGUGCUUCAACAAGGUGGAAGGAGUCUGGACGCAGUUCAGAAGUCAGUAGAAGCUCUGGAGGACUGCUUCCUGUUCAAUGCAGGUAAAGGCUCAGUAUUCAACAAAGAUGGCAAAAAUGAAAUGGAAGCAACCAUUGUGGAUGGCAAUACAAUGAGGUCAGGAUCUGUUGCUUGUGUGCAAAGUGUGAAGAACCCAAUAAAAGCAGCUAGAUGUGUCAUGGAGAAGAGCUCACAUUCACUCAUAGUGGGAGAUGGAGCUGAGGACUUUCUGCAAGGGUUGGAGGAGAAAGAGAAACCUGUUGGGCCUGAGUAUUUCUACACUGAUAUACGUCACAGACAGUUAAUUGCAAAGCUCACUGUUGGAAACACCUCAAAAAACAAUCACCCUCAGACAGUUGGAGCUGUGGCCUUGGAUCGUUGGCAUGGGUUAGCUGCUGCUUCGUCCACAGGGGGGUUAGUCGGAAAGCUGAAAGGGCGAGUUGGGGAUACAGCAGUAGUAGGGGCAGGAAUAUAUGCUGAUGACAAGUUAGCUAUUACCUGCUCUGGAGAUGGAGAUGUAUUUCUGAGGCAGACAGUUGCACAGAAAAUAGCCAGUCUCUACCACCACAAAGGCUAUAGCCUUAGGCAGGCAUGUAGAGAAGUGAUGGCUGAAAAUCUAGAUGGUGUCUGUGCAGGAAUCAUUGCUGUGGACACGAAAGGUGAUGCUAUCAUUGAAACGAAUGCUGGAGUGAUGUUUGUGGCCUCAAUGAUAGGUGGCAUUUCACGAGUAGAAGUCCUCCGGCCCCUGAAGAGCUUCUCUGAUGUGAUCUGGGAAACAGAUGAGCUAGUUGCCUACCUAAAUCCCAACCCCUGGAUCCCUGGGUCAACCAUUCUGACUAGAAAGACUCUUAGUGGGGCAAGCAGCAUCUUCCAGUUGGCUCCACCUGAUUUUGUAGCAAUGCUACAAGGAGCAAGAGCUGUGUCAAGCUUGCUAUGUGAGCGAUUGGGAGUGCAGCGCUGUGCCUUGGUUUUCAAUCCAACCCCUGAUCAACCAGCACAAAUCAGACUGCUCCCGCUUCAUGGCGUAGAGCCAAAGUGGCAACCCCAUCUUGCCAAUGAAGAGGAAUUCCACACUCACGAUCCUGGCUACUGCACCUCAAAAAGUGGCCCCCGCUGGGAUGAUGAGGCACUGGCCCAGGUUCAAGCCCAGAUUGGAAACGGACUGCCAACACCAAAUGCACCUUCAUGCUUUGACUUUUUUGGAGACGCUUCCAAUGAUAACCUGUUCAGUCGUAUUGUACGUGGAGAGCAGCAACAGUGGAGAGUGUGGGAAGACAAUGAGCAUGUUGCCUUCUUGACACCAUACCCAAACAGUCCUGGACUAACAGUUGUAGUGCCACGCAAACACCUGUCCAGUGACAUCUUUAAACUGGAGGAAGCUGACUACAACACACUGAUCUUAGCCACUUAUAAAGUUGCCCGACUUCUAAAAGAGGGAAUGAGAGCUCAAGGUGUUGCGCUGAUCUUUGAGGGCCUUGAGAUUGACUAUGCUCAUGCCAAGCUAAUCCCUUUGUUACCUUCACCAGAUGGCACUAAGCCUUCUGAGCUGCAAACAGAAUGCUUCCAAAGCUACCCUGGAUAUGUGUCAUCAUUGGAUGGCCCAGCUGCUGACCCUGAGGCCCUUAAAAAGAUCCACUCAAAAAUCACCCAGUGCAGGCCUCCUCAUUCAUGGCAAAACCCUCAGUCUCACUCCACACUGGCCAUCAAGAGCCAGUGGUAUCGCAACCUGUUCCAGAUUCAAAACACUCUCUUCCACAGCACAGUGGAAUAUUUCCACAGUUCCUGCCAGUACUCCUACGCUUUAACCCCUCUCACCACAGACACCAUCUCUUCACCAAUGGGCUUGGGAUCUGACUCAGAACCAGUGUCCGUUAACUUGCUGGGCCAGGACAUCUACCUGGCUGACUCAAUGCAAUUUGUACUUGAAUACUUCCUUCGCUUCCAAGACAACCUGCCGGGGACGUAUUACAUAUCCCCCAGCUUUAGAGGGGAAGAUCCUGAUGCCACACACUUGAACCAGUUCUACCACGUGGAGUGUGAACUGUUGGGUGACAUGGACAAUGCCAUUUCCAUAGCAGAGGGAUACUUGGCUCAUCUCACCAAGUCCAUGUUGAAGAAACACUCUGAUAUGAUUCUCAACACUGCCGGGACUCUUACACAUGUCAAAGCCAUGCUGAGUAAGCUGGAUGGAAAAACCCCACUUCCAAGAGUCCCUCUAGAUCAAGCCAUUCCCAUGAUGCCAUCUGCCGACUGCUUAGAGUGGGUACAAGAUGGCCAGCCGCAUUUUGGCAGAAAGCUUACACGCAAAGGAGAGCGUGUCUUGAUAGAGAAAUAUGGUGGCGCUGUUUGGCUGACUGAGAUGGACCAUCUAGGAGUUCCCUUCUACCAGGCCUAUGUGGAGGGCACUGGACGGUGCAAAGCCAAAGCUGCUGACCUUCUCCUGGGGCUGGGUGAGACUGUGGGUCUAGGUGAACGUCAUUCCACCCCUGAGAUGGUACUGGAGGCCCUCAGACACCAUGCAGUGCCAGAGCAGUCCUACAAAUGGUACACUAACAUGCGUCAAGUUAAACCACUCCUCUCCAGUGGAUGGGGCAUGGGGACGGAGCGCUACUUGUGUUGGCUGCUUCACCAUGAUGACAUCAGAGAUAUACAUAUCAUUCCUAGGAUGAAAGGAAUGAAGUACAUGCCCUGAUGUACUCCACAGGUCUACAAGCCAUUAGAUGUGAUAUAAUUGUAAUAAUGGGGCCAAAUAUUAUACAAUAUGGAUUUUAUACAUAAAAACGCCCCAAAAGUCCAGACUUUGGACUUUCAUCCAGCUUUAAGUGUCCUAUAAUCCUUAAUUGUCCAUGGCUAGAGAAAAUUUACAACAACCCUUUAAUCUACCCGUCCCUUGUACCCUUCAAAGUAUAAUGUUUCUGAAAAUGUGUGCUAUGGCACUGCAACACAAACUGGAGAUGUCAUUGCAGUAAAUGAAAUUGAUGUAAAGAAAGUUGAAUUUGAGGUUACAGGAAGUUAAUCAACAGUUGUUUGUUAAAUGUUAACAUUUAGAGUUGGCUUCUUUUCUUGGUGGUAAAGCUAUAGCGCCAAUGUAAAUGCAAAGUGAGAAUACAUAAAUUGUGUAAGUACAACUUGAA